CCUACUGUGGGAGGCUGAGACAGGAGUUCUGAGCUCACAAGGGAUAAAGUUCAUCAGGUGUCCUCACUAAGUCUGGCACCAAUACGGUCACAGCCACAGACCAGAGAUUGUAGACGGAGUUGAAGCAAACUAGCUGACUGAAAAGCAAGGAAUUUCAUCUACAGCAGCAAAUUGAAUUAGGCCCUCAGGUGUUUCUGGCCUCAACUCCUGCCCAAGCCAUGGCUCCUGGGAUUCCCAUAUUCUGUCAUCCCCAACUCUGUCCUGACUGUGUUUCUCUUCUGCCGGGGAAGAGCUUCCUGACUCAGAAGGACACAUGUCAUGAGGAAUGGAAAGAGGAAAAGGGCUUCUCCCCAGACAAGAGAUCCCUCUGCUCAGAAAGCAAGGAGGAUGAGUAAGGACUUUUCCAGGCCCUCAGGCGUCCUGGCCCCAACCCCAGGCCCAGCCAUGGCUCCUGGGGAUUCCCCAGCCAUCCCCAUUCCCGUCCUGACUGUGCUGCUCUUCUCCUUUCUGGUGUUGUCCCCGGCCCGGGCUAUCGUAGUUUACACGGACAGGGAGGUCCAUGGCGAAGUAGGCUCCAAAGUGACACUGCACUGUUCCUUCUGGUCCACCGAGUGGAUCUCAGAUGACAUCUCCUUCACCUGGCGCUACCAGCCUGAGGGUGGCCGGGACGCCAUCUCGAUUUUCCACUACACCAAAGGCCAGCCCUACAUCGAUGAAGUGGGUGCCUUCAAGGAGAGGAUCCAAUGGGUUGGGGACCCUCGGUGGAAGGAUGGCUCUAUUGUCAUCCACAAUCUAGACUACAGUGACAAUGGCACCUUCACCUGCGAUGUAAAAAACCCACCUGACAUUGUUGGCAAGACUUCUCAGGUCACACUUUACGUCUUUGACAAAGUGCCCACCAGGUAUGGAGUGGUGCUCGGUGCUGUGAUCGGGGGUGUCCUGGGGCUGGUGCUGCUGCUGGUGCUUCUCUUCUAUUUGAUUCGAUACUGUUGGCUCAGGAGGCAAGCUGCUCUGCAGAGAAGGCUCAGUGCCAUGGAGAAGGGAAAGCUACACAAACCUGUCAAGGAUUCAACUAAACGAGGCCGGCAGACACCUGUUCUGUAUGCUAUGCUGGACCACAGCCGGAGCACCAAAGCAGCUAGUGAAAAGAAAAAAGGGCUUGGGGAGUCUCGCAAAGACAAGAAAUAGCGGUUAGCCGGCCGGGCAGGGGCCCGGGGGCCUGGGGCAGAGCCCUCCAAAGGCUCCCAAGUAGUGGUCAUUGAGAUGGAGCUCCGAGGGGAUGAGCCGGGCACUGAGCUCCGGCCUGCCGUCAAGUCCCCCAGUAGAACCAGCCUCAAGAACGCCCUCAAGACCAUGAUGGGCCUGGACUCAGACAAGUGACCACCCCCUCAGGCCCUGCCAGAACAUGGGGGCCUAGGUUCCCCCCCACCCCUGCCCAGUGCCCCCCAUCUCCGCCUAGUCUCUCUCUCUCUCUCUCCUCUCCUCCCUCCAACCCACCCCAAGGUGUAAGUUUCAUUCCAAGCCAUAGUCCCCAGGUACCUCACACUUCCCCUCCAACUCUGGCUCUCAGGGAGCCCAGCAGAGCCCGCUCUUCCCCCCUACCUACAACCCUAAUAAUGGCUGUGUGUUUGGUGCUGAGAAGAGAGGGGCCCCCAUUCCCACUCAGCCUGCCCCUCUCCCUCUACCCUCUUUUCCAAGACACAUCACCCAGCUCCCUCCUUUAGUUCCCCAUCUCCUAUCCCCAGCUAACGCCCUAGAUCAAGCUUUCCUAGGGGGUUGAUUUAGGGUUUUUAAAAAAAUAAUCUAUUUGCUAUUUUUUAUGUGUAUCCAUCCUACCCC